AAUGGAAUAAUCAAAUCAGACAAGGUAUUUGAAGUAAUGUUGGCUACAGACCGAUGCCACUAUGCAAAGUACAACCCUUAUAUGGAUUCUCCUCAGUCUAUAGGUUUCCAAGCAACAAUCAGUGCUCCACAUAUGCAUGCAUAUGCUCUUGAACUUCUGUCUGAUCAGUUACAUGAAGGAGCCAAAGCACUUGAUGUAGGAUCUGGAAGUGGAAUCCUUACGGCAUGCUUUUCACGAAUGGUUGGUCCCAAAGGACAAGUUGUAGGAAUUGACCAUAUCAAAGAACUAGUGGAUGACUCAAUAAAUAAUGUCAAAAAAGAUGAUCCUACAUUGCUGUCUUCAGGAAGAGUGAAACUGAUCGUGGGAGAUGGAAGAAUGGGGUAUGCAGAAGAAGCUCCCUAUGAUGCGAUACAUGUAGGAGCUGCAGCACCAGUUGUGCCCCAAGCACUUAUAGAUCAGUUAAAACCUGGCGGAAGAUUGAUACUACCAGUCGGUCCUGCAGGAGGAAACCAGAUGCUUGAACAAUAUGACAAACUAGAAGAUGGCAGUGUCAAAAUGAAGCCUCUGAUGGGAGUGAUAUAUGUGCCUUUAACAGAUAAAGAGAAGCAGUGGUCCAGGUGGAAGUGAUUUUCUGUUCCACUUACUCCUUCCACACACACGCAAGGGAUGAAUUGUAAAAGCUACAUCAUCUUGACCCAAACAUAGUGUUACAGUGGACUGCUCAUCUCCAGUUCUAAAAGCUUUUUGAAAACCAACAGCAUUGCAGCUUGUUUUGGACUUUGUUAUACUGUUGUUAUCAGCAUGGAAAAGCGUGGUGUUUGUUUUAUUUUUAUUAUUUUUUUUAGAUGCUCAAGGCAAAUCUGAAAAAAAAAAGGUGGAAAGUUUUGUGGGCACUGUUUCAUUUAACAUGCCUUUAUUUUACUUUAAUCUGUUCAAAGAAAUGAAUUUCUGCAAAACCGCAGAUAAAGACCUAUAGCUUGUGAACACUAAUUUUGAUGGGGGUACUUGAACACUCCUCUCAAACUCCCAUGUCCCUUGGUAAAACUGCUUCUGUGCACCUUAUGACACUACGUAAGUAAUAUCAGGUUUUAUGUGUUCAGAUGUCUGCUAGAUGCUACUAAAAGGAGAUGAACUUCCUUUUUCAAGCUUUUGACAUGAUGUCAUAGACUAGCAUGUAGUAGAUACAAUCAGCUGCUUUAUUACCUUUAAACCAGGCAUUUGUAUAUAUUAAAGAUAUCAGAGGUGGCCGCUGUUAUUAAACUGUGCUGUUCAAGUUGGACAUAACGAACAUGGUUUUCCCUUUUCCUUCCAAAACAAUUAUCAGAGUGUUGAAACUCUGUGUUGUUUUAUAACUCACUGCUGAUACGAUACAUGUGGAUUUAACUCCAUAAAUAUAAUAUAAGCUAUGUCCCAAUCACUGAACAGUUUAUGCAGUACUGCUUUGCCAAAUAAAGUGAAAAGCAAAAAGAGGUCCUGUGUUUGCUGUGUGGAGGAUUAGGAUCACCAUGAGGU